AUGCGUUCCAUGAAAGCGAAGCAACGGCUCGUCCGACCCCUCCCUCGGCUCCUCUCCUCCGCCGCAGGCCAGUCGGUGCCGGCUUCGAGCCAAAUCACUCCUAUUACCUCUCUUCUCAUUGCCAACCGCGGCGAGAUUGCUCUGCGAAUCCACAAGACGGCAGACAGGUUAGGGAUCAAGACAACGACACUCUAUACGGACCCCGACAGCAACAGCCAGCACGCCGCGUGCUCCCCGCACUCCCUGAACCUGGGCGACGCACGAGCGUACCUCGACGGCGAACGCAUCAUCUCACUAGCCAAGAAGCACGGCAUACAAGCGCUCCAUCCUGGUUAUGGCUUCCUGUCCGAGAACUCCCACUUUGCCGAGAGGUGCGAAAAGGAGGGCAUCGUCUUCGUAGGACCUCCAGCACAGGCCAUGACCGACAUGGGCGACAAGGCACGAAGCAAGAUCAUCAUGACCGAUGCUGGGGUCCCAUGCGUUCCGGGAUAUCAUGGCUCAGAUCAAGGAGAAGAACAACUGUUGCAGCAUGCGAAGAACAUCAAGUUUCCCGUGUUGCUGAAGAGUGUGAAGGGCGGUGGUGGAAAGGGCAUGCGCAUCGUCAUGACCGAGGACGAGUUCGCUGCCCAGCUUGGCAGUGCCCGCGCCGAAGCCCGCGCCUCUUUUGGCGAGGGCGGUGAGGUCAUGUUGGUGGAGAAGUACAUCGUCCGACCCCGUCAUGUCGAGGUGCAAGUCUUCGCGGAUAAGCUAGGCAACUGCGUUGCCCUCGGGGAGCGUGAUUGCAGUGUGCAGAGACGACACCAAAAGAUUCUUGAGGAAUCUCCCGCGCCAGACCUGGAUGAGGAAACUCGUCUCGAUCUUUGGGAGAAGGCCAGAAAGGCUGCUCUGGCCGUCCACUAUGUUGGCGCUGGCACCGUCGAGUUCAUUCUCGACAAGGACACUGGCGAAUUCUACUUCAUGGAGAUGAAUACUAGGUUACAAGUUGAGCAUCCCGUCAGUGAAAUGGUCACCGGUACCGACCUUGUCGAAUGGCAAUUCCGAGUUGCCGCUGGCGAGAAACUACCCAUGACGCAGGAAGAGAUCGUGGAGAACAUCAAGCAGCAUGGUGCAGCCAUUGAGGCUCGCAUCUAUGCCGAAAAUCCGGAGAAGGGCUUCAUGCCUGAUUCUGGCAAAUUGAUCCACCUGACCACGCCCAAAACAAGCGAGGACAUCCGCAUCGACGCUGGUUUUAUUCAGGGUGACACGGUUUCAGAAGCCUAUGAUGGUAUGAUUGCCAAGCUGAUUGUUCGUGGCAAAGACAGAGAGACUGCGAUUCGGAGGCUGGAAUUGGCUCUCCGCGACUAUGAGGUCGUUGGUCUCAGUACCAACAUCGAGUUCCUGAAACGUUUAUGCCGGUCUCCGGCGUUUAUCGAGGGCGAUGUUGAGACUGGAUUUAUCGAAAAGUGGAAAGAUGAGCUCUUCAAGCCACGGCCAAUCCAUGCCGAGGUUUUUGUCCAGGCUGCUCUCAGUUCGUUAUCUCCCCAACUAUCACAUGAUGCUCCACAUGGAAGCAGCUUGGGCUUUGGGGAAGCCAGCACGCUCAGCGAGCGGAAAUUUGCUUUCAAGGUGCUUGAUUCGUACAGCGAGCAAACAGGAGAAGUAGUGGAAGUCAGCAUCACGCAAAAGUCGCAUCAGCUCUUCGAUGCCCAUGUGUCAAGAAAGGGAGAGGAGACACCACAGGUUUUCGAGAACCUUGUCAGCAAAUUCCAGUCAAGAUCGUCGUCGACAAACGCACUGACAACAUACUUCUCUAAUGAGAGAUUGGAGUCGACUGUUGUGCAGAAUGCAGAGAACGAGCAGGAUACCAAGAUUGCUGUGUUUCAACAUGGCAUCAAGACUGAGCUUUCCCUUUUGCCACCAAGCUGGUUUGAGAAGGCCCUCGGCUUGAAGGAGGUUACUGCGUCCGUUGUGGCACCAAUGCCUUGUAAGAUUCUAAAGAACGAGGUGGAGGAAGGGCAGGCGGUGGCCAAAGGAGCUCCGUUAGUUGUUAUUGAGUCCAUGAAGAUGGAAACCGUUAUUCGGUCGCCCCAAAACGGCGUGGUUAAGAAGCUCGCGCACAAGGAAGGCGACAUUUGCAAAGCUGGGACUGUCUUGGUACAAUUUGAGGAAGAAGCUACAGAAGACUCAUAA